AUGGAUAUCCUGGGAAACCAUGUUCCCUCCAUCGAGGCUCUGCGUCCUGGUUUGAUCGAGGUUGUUGAGUCGGGAAACGCUUCCAAGAAGUGGUUUGGCUGCACCUUUGGAGUCAUUCUCUUCCGAGGCAAAAUACCUGAGCCCAUCUAUGCAGCGGAUGAUAAACUCACGACACAGACGUCUGUGUCAACUCACACAGACUGGCCAAUUCCCGGACUUUCUGACCCUCACUUUGAGCUUGACUCUCGUGCGCAACAUGUCGUACCGCCAUUGAUGCCCACUGUUUCUGCUUCGCCUACGCCAAACACCAUCGACACCAAUGCUGUUGAUAACCCAUGCGUCCGCCCACAUGUACAUGACGCCAACCUUCCGGGUGCCGUACAGAUCCUCCAGAUGGUCUCCCUUUAG